GUGCGAGUGUGAGCCAGCGGCGGCUGACAUGUGAGCUGGGGAAAAGGUAUCCCAUCCCAGGGGAACGCUACAUCCCGGGGCGUGGAGGAGGACAUCCUUGUCCCGCUCCGUGCUCGUCUCACCACCAUCAGCACCUUUCUCGACUCGGCAGCACCGCCUCUUUGUAUCGCCGACGGCGAGGGGCCUCCGCCCCUAGCCUCCGCCGCCUCAGCUGCUGCAGAGGACGCCGAAUUCCGCUCCCGAUCCCGGGCGCUGUUGGAGAAGCUCCGCCGGGAGAUGGUGCAGCUAGAGGGCGUGUUCCGCCGCAUCGACGACGCCGAGAAGGGCAUCCGCUACAGCUUUGACCCUGUCGAGCAGCACCUCGACGACGCGCUCGAGACGUUGGACGCAGAGCGCAUCCACGCGGGCCUCCUCGCCGUCGAUGCUGGCAUCGAGGCCAUCAAGACCACCAUCCGCGCGGCCUACAACAUCCCCUGCGACGGCGGCGGCGGGGAUGGAUAUGAAUAUCUCACUACACCUCCCACACAGCCGUCUGCUCCAGGCACGGCAACGGCGAUGACCACCAAGAUGUGCGACAUCCGCCAUGGCCCGCAAAUGAGCCACCUCAGGCUCGCCGUUGGCAGCCUCGAGGCGCGCUUGCGCAGCUGCGCGCUCUGCCUCGCCGCCUUCCCCGAGGGCGCCGUCAUCAAGAAGCGGCUGCUCCUCCACUGGUGGCUCGCCGAGGGCUUUGUCGGCUCCGCCGAGGAGGGCAAGAGGCGCUUCGACGAGCUCGUCGACAAGGGCUUCAUCAUCCCAGCCCCAGCCCCCACCGCGCUCUGCGCCACGGUCCACCGGUGCACGGUGAGGCCAUGGAUGCGCGACCUCCUCUCCAGCGUCGCCAAACGCAACGGCUUCCUCGAGCUGAACGCCGGCGACGUCGCGUUCGCGCGCCGCGCGUGCCUGCAAGGCGGCGGCAAGGCGCAGCAGCCGACCGGGUUCAGCGCCGCGGUGAGAGCCAUCUACAACAUCGGCCACAAGUACGUAGAGCUCGACGAGCGCUGGUUCGCCGGGAAGAAGGACCUGCGCGUGCUGCAGCUCGGGCAGUGGAGGGAGUUCAGCGCUCCCGAGCAGAUCGACAACCCCAUGGACAGCCACAUCGAGAUCAGCGGCGUGGAGCGCCUCCGCGACAUGGGGAGUUGCAGGAACCUCAGGUACAUCAGCUUCCGUGGCAUCUCAAGGAUCGAGUCGCUGCCGGACUCCAUCGGCAAGCUGCGGGAACUCCAGGUGCUGGACCUCCGGGCCUGCCACAAUCUGGAAGAACUCGGGCAGGGCAUCGCCAAGCUCGAUAAGCUCGAGUACCUGGACCUGUCGGAGUGCCACCUGCUCGUCAGCAUGCCCAAAGGGCUCGGUCAGCUCACUCGGCUCGAGAUUCUCAAGGGGUUUGUGGUUGCUAACUCAAACAGCAGAGAUUUCUGCCAUCUGAAUGAACUCACAAAAUUAGAGAAGCUCAGGAAGCUCGGCAUCGUCAUCGGCAAAAUGGCCAUGCCGCUGGAGGAUGAGUUCCUGAAAUUGGGCGAGUUCAAGGCACUCGAGUCGUUGAGAAUCAGCUGGGGCGUGCUCAGCUCUGAUAAGAACGGCACCACUGAAGCAUCACGCCGUCAUUCGGUGGCGACAAUGAAUUAUGCCCUUCCUCCCAACCUGAAGAAGCUCGACCUCCAUUGCUUCCCGUUCGCAGACCUGGCGCAGUGGGUUCGGCCGACAGGCGUGAAGAAGCUCUACAUCAGGGGUGGAAAGCUGGCGACGCUUGGAGCCAGCGAGGAGAAAUGGGAGGCAGAGGUGUUGCGCCUGAGAUUUCUUAGACAUCUUCAGUGUGAUUUUGAUAGGCUUCAGCGUCUGUUCAGGAAGCUCAAACCAGAAAAUACCGAAAUCCAUCAAUGCCCAAACUUCAUUCAUGGUAAUGAUAUAGGAGAAUUUACUGAGAUAGAAUAAAGCGAACGAGCCUCUUGCUGAGUU